CAAGAAGCUUCCCAUCAUGAGCGACUUGAGCGAAAUUUUCCAGGAAAUCCAACUCCAGAUCAAUUCUGAGUCUCAGAUCAAGGACGAGCUCAAUGCGGUGGAGGACGAAAUCUCCGUGGCGUUGUCUUCCCUCAAGAAAUUCUACCUCAGCGGUAGCUUGUUCCAGACGCAACCGAUGGAGUUACACAAGGUUAUCAACAGCGGGGUCUAUGCCGACACCAAUGCUAAGACCCGUGUAAUCUACCACGAGCUGCUUGAUAAGGUCACCCGCGUUCCGCGGGCGGCGGCAGCCAGCAGCGCACACAAGCACGUUAAAGAGCGAAUUGUGCGCCGGAUCAAUGAAGAUGCGAUCUACGUUUUGAUGCUCAACCGGUACUUGACCCGUAUCGCGGAUAUUUUUAAAGAAGAGGUUGCGUCAAUCAGCCAGCCAAUUAUAUCUGAUACCGAUAUUGGUCUCAUUUUGGCGCCUGAGGAGGUGGCGCGAAUUCUAGACAUCGAAUCCGUCAACUACAACGACUACUUAAUGUGUUUAUUGAGACUCUCCGACGACUUGGUCCACUACUGCACGCAAUCCAUUAUUCAGAUUUCGAUCGGCAGCGGAACGCACGCAAAGUUCCAGUACACCUUGAGCUUGAUCAACGCCAAACUCAUUCUGUUCUUGCAGUCCGGGUUUGAGCUCUUGGAUUUGAAGAAUGAUGGCCUCAGACGCAAGUAUGACGCUCUCAAGUACAACUUGAAGAAGGUGAACAAUAUCGUGUAUGAUUUAUCUUUACGUCAGCUCCUCUCAACCCAGGUGGUGCUCACAUGAUUUCGAUCCACUAAGAAUAUUGGGAUUACCGUGGUGUGUAUACACUCUAGAGGAGACCAAGAGGUUUUACAAACCUCUCCAGGAUUAGCUUGAUCGUUCUUUGGGGUUCUGUUUCGUGUAUGAACCGUGUUGGCAUGGUGUUGAAGGGUUAAAUCCUCGGUAUGCCUUUGAAAUCAAGUCCAGGCGGUUUGAAUUGAUGGUUUCCAACCAAAACUUGAUAGGUAUAUAUAUAGUGUCAUAGAAGGAUUUGGGUCUACCUUUU